CCCUGAAGGCCCUGCUCUGCCAAAUGCAGCACGAGGAUGUGGUGGUGGCAAUGGAACGCAGGUGUGCCUGGAACAUGCUGCUCUGUGCCCACACCCACCACUAUGCAGUGGGUCUGCUGGCCAGGGAGAUGCGCCGUGUCUCCAUCAUCUGGCGCUGCAGGAUCGCAUCCUGCCUCUUUGACCUACUCAGCCAAGACAUUUCAGACUGGGAACUGCCCGCCCUGACGUUCCUGGUGGAGGUCCUGGACUGCCUGGACUUGAGUGAAUGCGGUGAAAAGGUCCUGCAGAUCAUGACAAGGCACCUGAAGAGACGGUCCAGAGAGAUGCGUCGCGUGGCGCUCAGAGGCCUCGUGGUGCUCAGCCAGGACCCCUCGAUGAACCAAAGAAUGUACAGCCUGACUGAAAGCCUUGGCAACCUCCUGCGGGCCGUGGAUGAAGACAUUGUUGAGAUGACCGUCGUUGUUCUCAGCUCUCUGCUCUUCAACAAAGAGAUAGCAAUAGCCAGCCCCAUCGCCCUGCAGCUGGCUGAGGCGCUCUGGCAACUCUUCGACAAUGACAACAGCCUUGUGAAGCUGCUCUCCGUUCGCCUCUUCCAAGAGGUGAUGAACUUGGUGGUGGCCAAGGGAAAAAAGCCCCUGAAGAAGCAUGUGAGGCAGAGCCUGCUCCCACUCUUCUUCAACUGCCACGAUGAGAACUGGGGUGUGGCACAGGCCUCUCGGGAAACGCUGCUUUCUGCAGUAAGAUUCCUGAAGAGAAGGGAUCUUCAGCACCUGGUGAACAGAGAUCAGAUGUGGAGCUUUGCCGAGCGCUUGCUGGCAGAGGACAGGAGCCGAGCGGCCGAGCACCUGCGCCGGGCCCUGCCCUACCUGCAGAGCCCACAGGAGCCCCUGCGAGAGGCGGCCGUCAGGUUCAUGGGGAUCGCCGGGCGCUGCCUGAGAGGACAGCAGCAAGAGUUCCGGAUCCUCUGCAGGGCCCUUCAGGACAUGGCGUAUGACGCCAGCCCCGCCAUCUCAUGCCUGGCCCUUCAAACUCAUUACAUCAAUUUAGCUGUGCAGGCCAUUCCCUCCUCCCGACUCCAGAAUGUGCAAGAUCAACUCCGCCGGCUCUGGAAGUCACGGCCUUUCCCGUGUCGCCGGGGCUGGCUGUCCUGCUGCAGCGCUGUGGAGAACUGAUCCGCCAGGCUGCGUCUGCUGGGGCCACCUGAGCCUGCAGGGACCAACCCCUUCUGAAAGCACUUCCUUUCACCCCAGGGUAGCAUUAAUAAAUUGCUGUUGUCAUA